AGAGCACGAGUUUAAAACCCCCAAAUGAGCGACUUUCUAAGAAACCGACGAAGGCAGAAACCAAACACCUCUCUUCCCAUUCUACCCCCAAACAAAUACAAAAAUCCCACAUUUCCCCUCCCCAUAUAAAUAUCCGAAGAGAAGCUCUUCUCAUCCAUCAUCCAUCUGCUUCUGCUUCAAUCAUCUCUCUCAUGGAACCCAUAACCACAACCACCAGUUCCUCUUCGUCUUCCUCUUCAUCCUCCCAAACAACCACAACAACAACCACAACGGAGAAAAUCAAAGGCCCUUGGAGCCCCCAAGAAGACGAAGCGCUCACCGACCUCGUCCACCGCCACGGCCCUCGUAACUGGUCCCUCAUAAGCCGCAGCAUACCCGGCCGAUCCGGAAAGUCGUGCCGGCUUCGAUGGUGCAACCAGCUCAGCCCCGACGUCCACCACCGCCCAUUUUCCUCGGCCGAGGACGAAGCCAUCAUAGCCGCCCAUGCGCAGCACGGCAACCGGUGGGCCGCCAUAGCGAAGCUCCUUCCCGGGCGUACAGACAAUGCAGUGAAGAACCAUUGGAAUUCUACGCUCAAGAGAAAGGUAGAAGAAACGACGCUGUCGGUGGAAGAAGACGGAGAGAGGAAGCAGCAGCGGCCGCGGAUGUCGGCAUUUCGAGCCUUUUCGUCUGACCCACCGACGACGCUCACUCUGGGUCUGACACACGCGACGGAAUGUAGAUCGCCUCUUUUGAGAAUGCAAGAGCCUGCUCAGUUUCCUAUUUCUUCCAAACAAUCAGAUGAAGAAGAGAACUCGAGAUCUAGUGAAUUUUCGAAGAUGGGUCUUUUGGAGGUGAUGAGAGAGGUGAUUGCUAGAGAGGUGAGGGAGUAUAUGACUUCCAUGCUCGCUAAGACGGUUGGCUGAUUCAAUCCAGUACAUCGCCUCUCUCUC